AUGCCUACCUCGUAUUCGUACAAGGUGCGAGUCCUCGCAGCCUUGGAUGCGCAUUACACUCCUUCACGAUCCACUAUUCCAAUACCACUACGAUCUAUCGAUUCAACAUAUGAAUCUGACUGCAACGCGAAUCGUGUGUUCUUGCCGUCCACUUGGAGGAAGCGCGUCAAGAUUGUACUGGACAAGCUCGUUGCCGAAAACUGGCUUAUUGAGAGAAAGGGCAGCUAUACACUGACUCCUCGACUACGUACAGUGAUAGCAGAUGAAAAACUUCGUCACAAUGUCAACCAGAGGAACCAUGAGUGGAGGGUGUUCGCUAGCGUGGCCAAAAGGAUGGAAACAGGACCUGCCUCCAACACGGGGAAUGCGGCACCAUCAUCCACUCCGGCAGGAAGAACUCGAACUCGAACAAGCCUUUCCACUGUUGAGAUGCGUUCCCCAGCUCAGACAGAAACCCCUGCACUGUCAGGCCAGAACAAGAACUCCAUUGGUGCAGCUGCGCCAGAAGUUGUUAUAUUUUCAAGCCCUGCCUCACGAACUAGAAAUCGAACCAGCCUUGCUGGCAUCGUUGAAGAAAACAAUGGUGCUCCGGUAUCCGCUCUGGACGUUAUCACUGUUCGCCCCCAAUCUUCAGGCGGCAGAAAGAGCCGUGUUUCAGAUCCUGGUCCGCCUCUCUCAAGGUCUGGCCCAGCGUCCUCGACCCCCAACACCCGGAAACGGAGACCUUCGGGAGGUUCCGCGGCCCCUGUUCGUGUCACUCCUACGGUUUCUCGUCGCCGAAGCAUUGUCCCGACUCGACCUAAUCGGCGCCACACCCUUGCCGUUGCUCCUACGCAAAAAUUUAUUUUCCCUGAGACGGCCGUGCCUGUAUCCAAACAAAUCCAGUUUUACCCACUGAAACAGACACUGUCCGCUCGCACUCGUCGUGCGCUCCGCCGCAAUGCCCUCAGUGAGGAAAUGAAUGACAUCGAUGCCGAGAAGCGGGCUGGUCAAAAGAAAAACCGCGAGCUGCUUGCGAAGCUCAGGGCCGAAUUGGCUGAGAGCUCUGAGAGACUCAAGGAAUUGGAGAGAGAACUUGCGGCAGCCAGGUUUGCACCUUCAGUGGAGCCCGAGGAGUUGGCUCCUAUCAAUGAGGAACAGGAAGAUGGAGACUACGAUAUGGACUACUCCCGGGUAGAUAGCCCAGAAGACCUUGCACCUAUUACUCCUUCUAGAAGAUCGCCGCCUUCUGUCGACGUCGCGCAGGUUGAGCAGACUCCUUCGUCUCAUCGUGACCAAAAAAUCAGGGACCUUGAGCUUAUGAUUGAGGCACUGCGGCAAGAUAUCGCCCGACGCGCCGAAGAGGAGCGAAUUCGAGCCCAAGAAGAUGAAGUUUUUCAUGAUGCUGAAGAACAAAUCUUGCACGAGGAAAACCAUGCUUUGGCCGAGAGAAUCGAAGAACUCACAGCUCUUAGGGGCAAGACUGUUUCCUUUCAAGAUGACGUAGAAGAUACCAACCAGGAAGACGACGAAGAGGAAUAUAUGGGACCCCUCGCGGACGAUUUCGAUGAUGGCGUCACGGAUAUUGAAGAACACCCAAAGCACGCGACUUAUAGCUCCUUUGGUGUUGACAGCGGAAUUGAAGCAUCUACUCAACAAACCGUGGAGGUAGGACUCCAAAAUGAAAGGAUUGCGGAACUCGAGGAUCAAAAUAGCCGUCUUCAGAGUGCUAUCGACACCUUGGGCGGAAAGAUCCGAGGAAUGGAGGAAAACCUAGAGGAGACUCACCUAAGCUUGGCAGAACGCAAAAAGGCCCAGGACAGGUUGAAGAAAGAAAACGAAAAGUUGAAGAGGUUGGAGAAGGAGUUAGAGGAGAAGGUUAUCGAAUUAGAAGAGAUGGAGGGAGAGAGAUUGGAAAACGUUGGGCACAAAGUGAUACAGACUGAUGACGUGGUGGAUCAAGAGAAGCUUGAAAUGGAGCAGCAGAUGGAUGAUCUGACAGGGCAGGUUGCGGAGUUGCAGGAAAUGAUUAGGGUUGUCACGGAGGAGAAGAAAGAUGCCCACGCCAAAAUAGCCACCACCGAUGUACAGAUUGCAGCUUUGCAAUCUGCUGCGGAUGCUGCUGAAGUUGCAAAACGUGAGGCGGAAGCUCAAAUCCGUGCUCUGACGAUCCAAAUCUCUGAGCUCGAAGAUGGUAUCUUAGAGGAGAAGAGGGAGAUUGAGCACACUGUAGAGAUGGCACAUGUCCAGAUUGCAAACCUGCAACAGGCUAAAGAGUCUAAUGAGGCGGCGAAAAUCAGUGCUCAAGCUCAGAUCCAGACACUCACAAGUCAAAUAAAGGACCUUGGGGCUACCACAACGGAGGAAAGAGAACGUGCCAGGGCUCAACUUGCGGAAAUGCAGGAGCUGAUUGAGUCUGCUGAAGCUGCACAAGAAGAAUCUCGAACUCAGAUACAAAGUCUCGAAAAUGAAGUUAGGGAGAUUCGGGAAUUGGCUGAGAAAGAGCAGUCAGAUGCCAAGUCUCAAAUUUCCGAUGCUUAUGCGCAGAUCGCCGAGCUGGAGGAUACUGUUGAGUCUAGCCAGGCUUCAACGGAAGAAGCUGAAUCCCAGAUCCGCGCCCUUGAGCGUAGAAUCUCAGAUCUCGAGUCUGAUGCGUCUACAUUCGAGGCAGAAAAGGAUGAGCUGCAACAGGAAAUCGACAUACUAAACCGCCAAGUGGAAAGAUUGCAAGAAGAACUUGAAGAGUUACGGGAGGACAAUAAGGAGCUGAAGCAGGAGUUGGAAGGGAUGAGGGAUGAGAGUAGGAGAUUCGAGGAGGCUGCUGAGACUCUGAAGCAUGACAAAGCUAGUCUCGAGGAGAAUGUGGAAAGUUUAGAAGAUAAAGUGCAGGAGUUGGAGACUCUAACGGAGGACUUAACCAAAGCCAAAGCGGCACUUGAAGUUGAUUACACCAAUCUGAACCUUCAACUCAUAUCUCAAAAGAAUGCGAUGGAUUUGGCGGAACAAGCUAAUGCAAAAUUCCAAAAAGAUAUUGCUGAACUUGGCGCCCACAUCGAAAGUCUUGAGAAGGAAGCAAAAACCUCGAGAAGCCAGAAGGAGAGCUUUGAACGAGAUAUCAUCUCGCUUCAGGCUCACGUUUCAUCCCUAGAAAGCGAGCGCAAGCUCUCUGGUGACCAAAACCAAGAUCUUCAAAACCAGCUUUAUGAACUGUCUACCCAGAUCGCCUCUUUCGAACAAGCCAUCCAGGAAGUUAAUGAACAGAAGGAUCUGCUUGAGAACACAAUCGAUGAUCUACGGGCUCAAAUCGAGACACUACAGCGGGCGGGCAAGGUUGCGGAGCAGGAAAGAGAGUCGCUUGAGCAGGAUAUCGAUGACUUGAAAUCUCAACUAGCCGAAGUUACUGAAGAGUUGCUUGCUUCCCGUGCCGAGAAUGAUCUCUCUAGACAAGAUAUCGAAAAUUAUAAAUCAGAGAUUUUUAGGCUCAACAAGCUCCUUGAAAUCGCCAAGAAGGAUGGAGAUGACCUGCGUCAAGAGGUUAACCAAUUGUCAGACAAGGUGGAAUCUCUUGGAGGAGCAUUCAAGGGCAGUAACGAGAAGAACCGUGGUCUGGAGCACAAUAUCGAGACACUUCAACAUCAGAUAACCAAGCUCAAGCAAGCUUCCGUGAUAGCCGACGAAGAGAAAUCCAUUAUUCAGCAGAAGAUCCGACCUUACAUUCAUGGAGAGCAAUCACUGGAUAUGGCGGUCGACGAGGUUCUGACAGAACUUGUCAUGGCCAAAAAUCGCGCUGACGAGAACGAGAGGCUUAGAACUGAGUUGUCGAACAAAAUCAGAAUUUUAGCACAGGAUGAGGAAGAGAGCGACUCGGAUUCGAUUAACCCUGAAGAGAUUGUCGAGAAACUGACAGACCGUUUUAGAAAAGUUCGCAACAGUGUCGAAGAAUUAUACCUCCUCUGUGGACAAUCGCAAGAAUCUCCAUUUGAAGGGCAUAAUUUGGAGGAUUUUUCAUGGACCGGCUCGAACGAAAACGCCCUUACAAUGCUAGGAUCUUUGGUUGAAGCGUUGUAUCAAAAGGUCAACGAUGCACAGGACAGAGCCAGCAGAUUGAGCGAGGAUUAUCAGAGGGAGAGGGAUCAAUCUAGGCUUUACGGAAGCUAUCUUGAGGAUGUUGCUAUGGCCAUUGAUGGUGAAGGACAUUUGAAGAAACAAAUUGAGGAUGCCGAGGAAAGGGUUGAAGAAUUGAACCAAGCUGUCGUUCGCAAGGACAACACCAUCAGGGACAUGGAAGCUGACAUCGACUCUGCCGACCGAAGGGAAACCGACCUUAACCAGAAAAUUGCCAGUUCCAUUACUGCUCAUAAUCUCACCACCACUCGGCUCAGCAAGGCUCAAAUCGAAAUCCAUGCGCUUUCCCAGACUAUACAAAAUAAGGAGAACGACAUCGAAAGGUUGCAGGCGACCGCCCAAGACCAGGCUGAUAAAGAACAGGAGCUUCUUGGGACCAUCGAACAGCAAACUAUCUCACACAGGAACGCUGUUCGAGAGCUGAAGCACCAGAGGGAUGAAGCCGCCAACCAGCUACAGCAAAGGCUGGACGAUGCAUUGGAGGCCAAGGCCAAAGUUGAACAUCACUUCAGCCAAGCAAAAGAGGAGAACGCGCUUAUUGUAAAAACUCUCCAAGAUGUCCUUGCUGCGACUCAAGGUGAGCUCGGCGAGACCAAGAAAGAGUUGGAUGCAAAGAAAGCUUCGUACCAGCAGACUAUCGAGGCACUUGAGGGUAGGGCUGCUCAAAGUAAAGGUGAAAUCGUCGAGUUAUCCCGAAAGCUUCGUGAGCAAGCAGAAAAGAAUAGCCAGGAAAUUUUGGUCCUUGAAGGCAAAUUGAAGUCCUCAUCGGAGGAAGUCAAUCGCCAAGUAUCAGCGCUACGUCGAGCUGAAUCCCAACGUGAUAAGGUUGCCAAUCAACUCAAUUCUGAAAUCGAGAGCAACCAGCAUGCGAUUUCAGUUCUGGAAAAGAAGAUGCAUCAAAUUAUAACCGAUGCCAAGAUUCAGCAGGAUGGUGAUAGGAAAACCAUCUCUGGUCUAAAUGCUCAGCUAAGGACCGUCAAAAAUGCCGCGGAAGAGGAAAGAAGGGUUUUACAGGAAAAUAUUCGCUCACAAAUGGACGAGGUUAACCAGCUUACUGGCCGUAUCGAGGAGCUCGAAGCACUUCUCGAGGAAGUGGAGGAGUCCGAAAGAAGCUUAGACGAGCAACUCAAGGUCACCGAGAGCCAGUCUCAACUUUUCCAGGAGGAGGCAGACAAGGCCCAGGGAGCGCUCAUGGCGGAGAAGAGAGCACUUCUGCAGGAGCUCGCUGAGUUAAAAUCCAAGUAUGGCUUUGCCGAGGAGAAAAUGCGGGGCGAUAUCACCACUCUCGAAGCCCUUGUUGAAGACAAAUCACAGCGCAUCUCUGAGCUCGAGAACGUUCUCUCCAUCCUCAGGGGUGAAAAGUCUAAACUGAUCGAUAAUAUCAACAAUCUCAAAGAAGAUAACACCACGCUUGAAGAUAUGCUCGACACGGAACGGAAGAAGGGCGCGGAGGCGGUAUCAAGCCUGGCGAACGAAGCCGAAAAGUUCAUGGCAAGGUUUGGUGAUGUCAAGAACCAAUGCACAAGGGCAAGCAAACUGCGAGAGGGAUUGAGCAACAAGCGCAAGAGAGCUAUUGAGGAGCAAGAGGAUGAGGAGGGGGGACCUAGUCGCAUGCCACCAACCCCGGCAUCAUCUGUUGUUACUGGGACUGGCGGAUUCAAGAAGUUGGAGAGUAAGCGCAGAAGAUAUGAUAGUGGUAUUGGAGUUGAUGAGGAGGAUGAAGAGUUUGAAGGUGUCUCGGCAGUCGGUGUUUGA